ACUUAACUAUAGCUGUUGCAGGUGAGAGGGUUCCGGUCAAUUCACACAUGAAGUACCUGGGUCUUAUUCUUGACCGGAGGUGGAAUUUUGAACAGUAUUUCCUCAGGUUAGCGCCCCGAAUCGUGGGUGCUGCCUCAGCCCUUAGCUGGCUAUUACCAAACGUGGGUAAGCCGAAAGCCCCUUGUCGGCGCCUGUACGUGGGCGUUGUUCGGAGCAUGGCCUUAUACGGGGCAUGAAUUUGGGCAGACAGGCUCUUGGCUAAAGCCAAGCCUCUCCUAAGGCGUCCGCUGAGGGUGGUGGCCUUGCGCAUAAUAAAGGCAUACCAUACGGUGUAUUUCGCGGUGGCAUGAGCCCUGGCAGGCACUCCACCCUGGGAGCUGGAAGCUAAUAUGAUAGCUGGAUAUUACCGUAUGAGAGCAGAGGCCAGAGCGCGUGGAGAACGCCUCGACCCAGAGGAGGCGAAGAGAGAGCAACGACCGGCUGUCAAGAGACUGAGGGACCGCUGGAAGAGCGACCUGGAGGAUUCCUCCUAUGAAGCCCGCAGUAUAGGGGCUCUCCCCCCGUCAUUCAACCAGUGGCUCGAUAGAGAACACGGGGUGCCCAGCUACAGAUUGACACAGGAAACAACCGGACACGGUUGCUUCGGUCAUUACCUGCAUGAAAUUAAGCCAGUGGAUUGGGGGCCCACACGGAACGGCUCUGCACGUGUGGGACGAGAGCCAAGCGUCCUGGUGCUCUUCCUCAGUGACGCGGGUGUGCAACACAGGUUGGUCGGGCUGCCGAGGGGCGUCGCGGAUAGAAUGCCGCAAGCAAUCCCAUGACGCUCCCUAACGGCAAAGAGGAUCCGCAGGGGAUGUU